UCUGUUACAGGUGUCAAACCAGAGCAGCAGUCGAAUCUGACCCCACUCAAAGACAGACUGACAGAAAACAAUGAAAAAAACGUUAUCGAAAACGGAGUUGUGUCUGAGCAAAAAAUGGUUACCGGAAAUACAGAGGGAGACACGAACAAGUACCUGCAUAAGAAGUUCAAGAAGGUGGCAACCCUGGAGGAGACGUCCCCGCCGAAAGUAAGGAACGAAGACGACAUCCGACCAGGGUCGCCCGGAGCAGGCCGAUAUGUCUGUCCUUAUUGUAAGCUGGCCUGCGCCAAGCCGUCGGUUCUCCAGAAACAUAUCAGGGCGCAUACCAAUGAGAGGCCUUUCCCCUGCCUUCCUUGCGGCUUCGCUUUCAAGACAAAGUCCAACCUGUAUAAACAUUGUAGAUCAAGGGCUCACACUCUCAAGAUGGACGACGGCAGUUCUGAUGACGAGGAGUCAUCGAGAUCUGAAGUUAAGAUUGAAGUGAAGAACAAAAUUUACAAACCCAAGUUCCACACCGCUACAAUAUACGCCGAGGAACAGCAGCCAAAACUCCAACUGACGAUACCCCCAUCUUCCAGUUCUGUUUCAUCGCAGUCCACACCUUCGCCCUUCAGCGGAUCAUCACCGAGCCCUGAGUUUGUCCAGAGGCACAUCAAUAAACUGAUCAGUGACAACCAAGCUAUAGUAGAUGAGGUUUCUUGGCCCCUUAAACCUCGCUACAAAGAUAGCCCUCCCACAAGCCCUGCUCCAAAGAACGGAGAUUGUGAAGCAGCCUCUCCAUCGAAACUUGCUCUUGCACUCCUUAGGCCACCACGAGAUACCACUCCUGAAAUUGGAGAACCCCUUAACCUGACUAUAAAAGAACCAAGAAAGCGUUCCAUUUCAGAUUCUGUCAUAAAAACAGAAGCUAGAAUUUCAGAUUCUUCUUCAAAGGAUUUCCUUCUUAAAACUUAUUCUACAGGAUCGUUGGGCGAAAGAGAUAUAGAAAAAUUACUUGUGUGUCCGAAUUGCAGAUUGACUUUUAAGUCAUCUGAGAACCUCGAAAUUCAUUUAUCUCAUUGUGCGGAAUUGAAGGGGGACCAUAUUAUGUCUCUAAUGCUUUCACCUGGUCCAUUGCUUGGCAACACUCCAUUAGUUGAUGGGAUCCAGAAAGAAGUUGAACCACUCAUCAAAAGGAGGAAGUUAGAUCUGCUUCCCUUGAGAAGAGAGGAAAUGUUAAAAUCGCCAGGUAAAUCAGUACAUUUGUUUGGAGGAGAAGUUCAGAUAAACGAUCCUUCUGGAGGGAAGACGAAAACCUUAAGAAUAGAAUCAUCUAGGAAAGAUGCUUAUGUAGAAUCUGGAGUGAAAAAACAAGAACAAGUUCUAACGAUCUCAAAUACAGGCCUACACUGUGUUGGUGGAACAAUGAUUCAAACUGGUUCAGUAAUCCCAGCUCCAAAAUCUCCAUGUCAUGAAAAAUCUGUAUUUCCAAUUAAACCAGCUGUGGUCACUCCAAACCUUUCAGUUCCAGGGAUAGUUGCUCCUGUCCAAGUGCCAUUGGCCCUUAAUCCUUUAACAAGCAUCACUGGUUUUAAUCCUUUGACUCUCCCAAAACAAAGUCCUACCAAUGGUGGUCUGGUCACUAUACUGCAUGGAGGAAAACCCAUACCAUAUGUUCCAGGCAUGCCUGGUCCUCAAACCUUACUUCCUAGCCAGCCAGUUCUUGUACCUAAAAAAACAGAGAAAGCUUCUGUGAUAGUCAAAACCUCUAAACCUUCAGAACUCAUCGCCAAGGUCUCUCCUCUUAUUGUUAAACUGGACAAUGAUGACAAGAGAGAUAGUGAGGAUACAAAACUCUCCAUGGCUUCAAGGGAACCAUCAAAUACGUCAAACUCAGAAACAAGUGAAAAAAAGUUUCUCCGGCCAACUUCUCUGCCACUUAAACCUGGAACGUACACUCCUAAAAGACAGUUGUCAACACCUCAUCUUACCCUGGUCAGCCCGGAAACUCCUCGACCCAGGAAGUCUUAUGGCCAGCUAUACCUCAAUGGGCACGCUUAUACAUACCUUGGUCUAAAAUGUUCAACUAGGACCUUCUUCUGCACUCUGAACAAACCACAGCCCAUCUACGUUCCUUUGAUUCCCGAUCAAUACAAAGUCUCAAUGUAUUCCAAUUGGAAGAUCUGUUCUGAUUCACACCCUCAUCCACUUGGUCUUGACCCACGAAAGUCUAUGAGUUAUUACGAUUCAAGGAAUCGUUCUGGUGCCUACAGCAUAGCUAACAGAAACAAAGAAGAUCUCAUAACUCAUUCAACAUAUCAGCUUAAAAAAGACCACCUGGAAUCUAUUAAAAGUGAUUCAGAAGAGAAAGCUGAAUCUAAAUCUGAAGGACCAUGUAAAAGAGUAAAAGUUUGUGAAGGUGGAUUCGAAUCAAAUGAAGACUAUAUUUAUGUAAGAGGAAGAGGACGAGGACGUUAUGUUUGUGAAGAGUGUGGGAUAAGGUGUAAAAAGCCAUCUAUGCUCAAGAAACAUAUAAGAACGCAUACUGAUCUCAGGCCUUACACUUGUAAACAUUGUGCUUUCAGCUUCAAAACGAAAGGUAACCUUACAAAGCAUAUGAAGUCAAAGGCACACUAUAAGAAAUGCGUUGAACUAGGAAUUUCACCUGUCCCAACUGUUGCUGAGGACUGCACGGAUGAUGAAAAUGUACAUAAGAUGGAUGAUAGUCAGGACAGAGGAAGUAUUUGUGAUGAAUCUGACGAAGAUGAAGAUGAAGAGGAUGAUGAUGAUGAAGAUGAUGAGGAAGGAGAUGAAUCAGAUGAAGAAGAGGAAGGUGAUGACUGCCAGACAGAAAGAGAAGUUGCGAGGUCUCUUUUAUCCUUGUCCGAAGUUACCCUCGAGACAGCACAUAGGAAGUAUGUGAAAGCAGGGCUGGUCCCAGCUUUUUCGAGGCCUAGAACGUACCCAUAUACUUUUGCCUCGACACAGGUGGUCGAGUCAAAAUUAGAGAGUGGUUCUCACAGUGAAUCCUGGAGAGGAAGUUCUGAAAUAAUUCAGGUUGAUAUGAAAGACCACAGUGAUUCUUCCUUAGGGAGCAUUGAAUCUGUUCCUGAACCUAUUAGGCCAAUUGAUCUCAGCAGCAAAACAUUACCAGUAGUAACUUUAGCAGGUUCAAAGACACCCGUCAUUACCUCUGUGGGAGGACAAGCUCUCCUCUUAAAGACUAUCUGCUCAACAUCCGAGAAAGCACCCCUUGUUGGGGGAUUUAUUGAACCGACUGAUAACCCAACUCUUCUCCAUACCUACCUCACCGAAAGGGCAGCACAUGAUUCUAGAAUCAAACAGAGACAAGUAUGCUCAGAUGAUGGAUGUACUGGAGAUAUGUCGAGUGCACAAGAGUCAGCGCUUGGUGUGCUAGCUCUGUCAAUGUCAGGAAAGCCACCAUCACCUAAGCCAAAGGGCAAAGCUGAGUUCAUGCCACCUACUUCAGGGCCAUCAGUUUCAUUCAUUAGUUCCACUGAGGAUGGGCGUAGUAUGUGUGGUGUUUGCAACAAAGUAUUCAAUAAACCCUCUCAGCUGAGAUUACAUGUGAAUAUUCAUUUUUUCGAACGCCCGUUUAGAUGUGAAUCAUGUGCUGUUUCUUUUAGAACUAAAGGUCAUUUGCAAAAGCAUCAGAGAUCUCUUUCUCAUCUCAAUAAGGUGAAUAUGAACUCGACUUUUGGAACUGCAACUUCAAGCAACCCACGGCCAUUCAAGUGUGAUGACUGUAAAAUUGCAUUCCGUAUUCAUGGCCAUCUUGCAAAACAUCUCCGUUCAAAGAUGCAUAUCAUGAAAUUGGAGUGUUUGGGUAAACUUCCGUUCGGAACAUACGCUGAAUUGGAAAGGUCUGGGAUGAAUAUGAAUGACAUUGACACAACAGACUGUGAAAACUCAUUGGAAAGUCUACAGUUGCUUGCUCAAAAAUUGUACGAGAAGGAUCCUAGUAAGUUAGGCUCAUGGGAGCCCGGUGGAGACUCUUCUUCUGAGGACGAGCCCGAGGCGCAGCACAAGACUGACAACCUCCCUCAAACUUCUUUGAAUCAAAACCUGUGCCAACCCAUUGAGGGCAACAAGUGCAAUCCUACAGAUGACAGUGUUAGGUGA